AUGUGCAAGAGAGCGAGCAUUAUGUUGGCAAACAUAGAUAGCUAUGAUAUGGAACAUGAGCUUUAUAUUUUGAAACAAAAAGCUUCUGAUGAGCAACUUUAUCAUAUUCAUGCAUUACUUAAUUGUGGAUGUAAUUUGCAUUCAAAUCUACUAUGCAUUCAGCUGCUACCUUCGAAACCGUUUAAAAUUUCUUGGCAAAGUUAUAUGACUGAAUUUUAUCACGUGCCGUGCGGUUCACCUACGACAAUAAUUCAUGUUAAAAAGUUCAUGCCAAGCCCUCUUCGCAUUUAG